CCCUGCCCCUUCCCCGCGUCCCUCCGCCCGCCCUCGGAAGACCGAGCGAGGUUGCGGGCGAGCCGCGCCGAGCGGAGGAGCCGAGGAGCGGAGGAGCCGGGAGCGCAGCGCGGCCCGAGCCCGGAGCGCACCGGAGCGGCCGAGCUGCCCGCGCGGCGCCCGCUGCGGGCGGCGCAGCCCGGGCCGCAGGAUCCCACCCAGGGGCUGCAGAGGGCACUGCUCUGGAGCUGAUGCACCACUGAAAAUCAUCAGGGUGACCUUGAGCCGCAAAACUGCUGUCCGCGUGGACCGGGGCCGACAUCGCACGUCCAUCUGCCAGGACCUCUGUGUCCAAACUCCGAGACAUGGCGACCAAUGGCAGCAAGGUGGCCGACGGGCAGAUCUCCACGGAGGUCAGCGAGGCCCCUGUGGCCAAUGACAAGCCCAAAACUCUGGUGGUCAAGGUGCAGAAGAAGGCAGCGGACCUUCCAGACCGGGACACGUGGAAGGGCCGCUUCGACUUCCUCAUGUCCUGUGUGGGCUAUGCCAUCGGCCUGGGCAACGUCUGGAGAUUCCCCUAUCUCUGCGGCAAAAACGGAGGUGGGGCCUUCCUGAUCCCCUACUUCCUGACCCUUAUCUUUGCGGGGGUCCCUCUCUUCCUGCUGGAGUGCUCCCUGGGCCAGUACACAUCCAUCGGGGGCCUGGGGGUGUGGAAGCUGGCCCCCAUGUUCAAGGGUGUGGGCCUUGCCGCCGCUGUGUUGUCGUUCUGGCUGAACAUCUACUACAUCGUGAUCAUCUCCUGGGCCAUCUACUACCUGUAUAAUUCCUUCACCACAACGCUGCCGUGGAAACAGUGUGACAACCCCUGGAACACAGACCGUUGCUUCUCCAACUACAGCGUCGUCAACACCACCAACAUGACCAGCGCCGUGGUAGAGUUCUGGGAGCGGAAUAUGCAUCAGAUGACAGACGGGCUAGAUAAGCCAGGUCAGAUCCGCUGGCCUCUGGCCAUCACCCUGGCCAUCGCAUGGAUCCUUGUGUAUUUCUGUAUCUGGAAGGGUGUUGGCUGGACUGGAAAGGUGGUUUACUUCUCCGCCACCUAUCCAUACAUCAUGUUGAUCAUCCUGUUCUUCCGUGGAGUUACGCUGCCCGGGGCCAAGGAGGGCAUCCUCUUCUACAUCACGCCCAACUUCCGCAAGCUGUCCGACUCUGAGGUGUGGCUGGAUGCGGCAACCCAGAUCUUCUUCUCCUAUGGACUGGGCCUGGGAUCCCUGAUCGCUCUCGGGAGUUAUAACUCGUUCCACAACAAUGUCUACAGGGACUCCAUCAUUGUCUGCUGUAUCAAUUCGUGCACCAGCAUGUUCGCAGGAUUUGUCAUCUUUUCCAUCGUGGGCUUCAUGGCCCAUGUCACCAAGAGGUCCAUUGCUGAUGUGGCGGCCUCAGGCCCUGGCUUGGCAUUCCUGGCAUACCCGGAGGCAGUGACCCAGCUGCCCAUCUCUCCCCUCUGGGCCAUCCUCUUCUUCUCAAUGCUGCUGAUGCUGGGCAUUGACAGCCAGUUCUGCACCGUGGAGGGCUUUAUCACGGCCCUGGUGGACGAGUAUCCCAGACUUCUCCGCAACCGCAGGGAGCUCUUCAUUGCUGCCGUCUGCAUCGUGUCCUACCUGAUUGGCCUCUCUAACAUCACCCAGGGAGGCAUUUAUGUCUUCAAACUGUUUGAUUACUACUCUGCCAGCGGCAUGAGCCUACUCUUCCUUGUGUUCUUCGAAUGUGUCUCCAUUUCCUGGUUUUAUGGUGUCAACCGAUUCUAUGACAACAUCCAAGAGAUGGUUGGCUCCAGGCCCUGCAUCUGGUGGAAACUCUGCUGGUCCUUCUUCACCCCAAUCAUUGUAGCGGGCGUGUUCAUUUUCAGCGCUGUGCAGAUGACUCCUCUCACCAUGGGGAACUACGUUUUCCCCAAGUGGGGCCAGGGCGUGGGCUGGCUCAUGGCUCUGUCUUCCAUGGUCCUCAUCCCUGGUUACAUGGCCUACAUGUUCCUCACCUUAAAGGGCUCUCUGAAGCAGCGCAUCCAGGUCAUGAUCCAGCCCAGCGAAGACAUCGUCCGCCCCGAGAACGGCCCGGAGCAGCCCCAGGCCAGCGGCUCAGCCAGCAAAGAGGCCUACAUCUAGGGGCGUCUGGCGGCUCCCCGACCCGACACUCUCACCCCCCGACCUGGCUGAACGUGACCACCGCUUGCUGUCUGAAGAUACCGUCUGUCUCAACCUACCUCGAGUGACGGCGAGUCCAGACAUCAUCACCAUGCAGAGAGAGGGGAGGUGGGGGACAGUCACACCCCCGGUGGGCCCCGCCAGGGGCAGAGAUACCCCACGGCUCCAGCACCUGUAGGCUGGUGACCUUUUUAAUCGGCCCCAUAAGCAUCAAGCAAUCAGCCUUUGUGACUGUGGUAAAUCCUUUUCAUCCUGCCCGAGAGUGUGGUGUGGUGUGGCCACACACCUUGAGGCUCUUAGUCAUGUUCCUGACUGUUCUCUUACUGCCGAAACCCACGACUCUUAUCUCGGACUUCGCAGGAGUUCGGUUCCGUCAGAACGCUGCUCUGUACACACGAAAAGGGCAUUUCGUAUAAUGGGGAUUUCCAGGGAGAGCUCACUCGUACGAAGCAGGGAGCCUGCGGAGCUCUUACUUUCAUUUUUUUGUUUAUCCUUCCCGAGGCAGCUGGACAAAACAACCCCCCCCCCCCCCACCCGAGGACCUCCAUCCUUGUUCCCUGAGCUGCAUCUCCAGCAAUCUGUGGAGCGUCCUUCCCUGCCCCCUUCCCGCCAGGCCAUUCUGAUUGCACCUGGCCCGACAGCCAUCAUUCCAGACGGCCCAGCUCUCCCUCGCUCCCUCCUUGGAAAACUGCCACAAGCACAAUUGAUUUUUUUAUUGCCAUUCUGGGGGCCUGAGGUCCCUCUGGGGAAAUUCCCGAAUCAGGAGCCCCAGUUUCUCUGAGGCUGCCCCAUUUUAUGGAAUGCAGAUCAGGUGCGGAGGAAAUCAAGGCGAAGGUUCGUCUGUCCUUGAGUCAAAAUGGAUGCGGUUCUCUUUCUGGCUCCCCUUUCUGCUGUGUCCUCACUGCCGCCCCUAGUCAAAAUGCUGCCUUCUUCAUUCAUAUUCCUCAGCGGGAAUCCCCUCACUGCCAGGAAAAUCUCCCCAGCCCACUAACUGAGGAGCUAGUGUUAACCCAGACCACCCCCACCCCCCCCAAAGUGCUUCCAAGAUUAAACUACUUCCUCGAGAAGUACUAUUUGUUUCUUUCCGGAACUGGGCUCCGUGGUGGUGGUGGUGGUGGUGCUGGUGCUGGUGGACAGCAAAUCUGGCAAAGACACUUUCUUGCAAGUUCCGGUGACUCAGCGUUUCUCAUUUGCCAGGAAGAUGGGUUCCCAUGUAGCAAACUGUGUUGUGCCCCGUAGCUCCUUAGCUAGUUAGCUCACAAAUCGUGUUUUACGACUAAUCCUUAAUAAUUAUGGUGAAUUAACUGUGACCGUGGGUUUUUUAAUCUCUUGUCAUUCUCAUCCGACAGUGACCAGCAUACCAAUUCUCGCAAUAAGGUAUGACCCUCAGAAUAUUAAGCACAUCCUUGUAGAGAAAACAAAAAGUACGUGUACACGUAGAAAGGCACACACCUAUACGUUCAUCCUCGCGCAUGGUAUAUAGGGUCUUACUUGGUAACGUGUAGGGAAUCUCAGACCUUUUCCUGAGGUCAUCUGUAAAAUAGUCUCAUUGCUAAGGCAUCCCACAUGCCAACUGGUGAAUCCAUGAUCAAGAUGCUUACGUGUUGUUACAUUGUAGGGUUUAGGAUGAAAGGAACCCUUCACUGUGUCUCAUGGUCCCACCUCCCCAGCCUGUGUGAAUUCCUUUAGAAUAAGGGCAGGAAGACUUCUGACAUUCUCUUUGUCCUUCAAUGUGAAACUAAGACCAAGUCUUUCCAAGAUAAAUGCAGUGUACUUAAUGUUUGUAAGCAAAUCUAAUUGAGAUGUUUGGCAAGAAAUCCCCUAACUGAUUUCCAUCCAAACCUACUUAUAUAGCACAAUAUUCCGUGUCGUACAAUUUCUGUGAGAACUGUGAAUAUGUGUACCUUUUUUUAGUAUUUGCCCUGGGGGAGAAGAUAUUGUAUUAUCAUAUAUGCUUUUUUUGCAAUAAGGAUUUAUUCUCAGAACAUCAAGUAAAUCUAUCUCUAUAUAAAAAAAAUAUAUGUAAUAUAUACAUAUUCAAACUAUAUACAGAGCCUGUUUUAAAAAAAAUUACACUAUUAUUUAGAAAAAUUAUCUGUUCUAUGGACCAAAUGUAAAAUAUUUAUAAAUGAAGAUGCAUUUUAAAUGUCUAUAAAUGGUGUCAUAACUAGAGCACGGGCGUUAUGUACGUUUCUAAGAAUUUAGAGGAAAAAUAAUAAAGGUUCUAUGAUAUACGA